AUGAGUUCCACGGCGGCCGAGGCGACUUCUUCCUCCACUUCGCCUUCAUCUCCCGCCGCUACGUCGGUUGCGGACUCUCCGGCCAAGCAGCAGCAGAAUGACGCGAAGAAGGCCGCUUUCUCUGACGUGGUGAAGGCCGGCGCCAAGAAGGUGGAGGCCUCCGCCCCUGCUGACUCGGCUGAGGUGGCUACCAUCGGCAUCACCUGCUGCCUCCCCGUCCGCUACUCCGGCUUCUGCCCCUACCGCGGCGAAAGCGCCCGCCACCAAUGCGUGGGGAUCAGCACGCAAGGAUUUGGCUCCUUCAGCCUCACCUCUUCCUUCAACUUCCACUUUACCUUCCGUUCCUUCCUCAUCUUCCUCACCUGCGCCUUCUGCUACCCCCGCUUCUCCGCCUUCUCAAGCAACAUCUGA